UAACACAGAACAAAAAUGCCGUUCACCAACACGAUUAAGCCUCCGCUACAUGAGCAGAUCACGAAUAUGCAGCGUAAAAUCCAACUGUUGGAGGGCGAAAGAACAGCAUACUAUGAGAGCUCUCAGUCAACCAUCAAGAAGAACGCAGAGUCCAUUCGCCAGCUGAGGCAGGAGAACAAGAGGCUGCACAGGAAACUGGCUGAAGCUAAUGCUGGUGAUGAACAUGUCAUCAAAGUGGCCUUUCCUAAAAGAGGCUUGGAGAAGGAUCCCUACCGUAACAUGUCCGGGAAGGCAGCCCUGACAGCGUUAGACCGAAGAGUGUUGUCCAAGAUGAAGCGUCUCAAUGCCCUAAAACACACCACUGAGACCCACAAACAGCGCCUUGAAGAGCUGACGAUGGAACACCAGAAAAUUAAAUCACUGGCAAGCGAUGGAGCACAAUCUGCUGAUGCCCGUGCUCGGGAGAAAGAGGAAGAAGCCAUGAAUUUGCGGGCCCUGGAAAACAGACUGGAGAAGACCCAGUUAAAGUGCAAGGAGGCAGAGAACAUCAUGAUUAACUAUCAGAAACUCAAAAGUCACCUUCAGGAGGAGAGUCUGACUUUCCAGGGGCAGUUGGACGGUCUGGAAGCAGAAAUCCUGAAUCACAGAGAGGAGCUCCAUAACAUGCAGGCCCUCAACAACAACGCCCAGCUCUCCAAAGAAGCUGCUAAGGUUGAGCUACAGCAGCAGGAGGAAUUGCUCUACAAGGAGCGCAAGGAGAGAGAGCGCAUCAUAGCCAGCUACAGGAGGAAGGUUGAGGAGCGCAAGGCCCAGGCUGAGAGAGUUGAUAGAAGGAGAACAGCUAUGCAGCCUGAUGAGCUGAGUAGUGAGGCCCAGCGCAGCACCCCCAGGAUGGCAGGUGAAGAGGAGAAGGCCAUCUCCACUUUUGAGGAGGCCUUCAGACGCAUCAAGGAGGCCACCGGAGUCACAGAUAUACAGGAGAUAGUGGAGCGCUUUAUCUCACAGAAAAAGACAUACCAACAUCUGGAAAAGCUAGAGGGAGAGAAUGAGAAGUUGCUGCAGCAGCUGAAGGAACAGAAGGAGUUCCUGAAACACCAGUUAGAGGAGAUGAAAUAUUCUGGAGAAGCUAAACUCUCCAGUGACCAACAGAUGCUGGAGGAGUGUGAGCGGCAGCUGCAGGUUCAACAGCAGAGAUGUGAGGCAAGUAAAGAGCGCCUGGAUUGGCUUGUUAAAGUCCUCAGUACUGUUCGAGCCGGGGUGGAGCACCUCACAAGCAAACUUCACCACAUCAUGCUGAGUGAGGACACAGAAGCUGACGUGUCUCCAGAUUCAGAUGAGUUUGUGCUGGAGCUGAUGACUCAGUGUGAGCUGAAGUUGCAGUUGCUUCAUGAGGAGCUUCAGGGAAAGGAUCUGGCUGCUAUUAUGAAGGAGAUGGAGGAGGAGGAGUUCGGCGUCAGGAUUGAAGAUAAACUGCCAGUUUACAACACUCGUGUCAAGCUGCCUGAGGACCAGAGAGAGGAUGAAUUCGAUGACGACGAGGAGAGCGAUGAGGAUGAGGUUGAUGGGAUCAUCACGCGGGAGGCGCUGAAGCGUCAGUCUCAGCUGAUCAUUGACUCCAAGUCCAAGAAGAAGCCCUGGAAGAAGAAGAAGGGCAAGUUCUAAUCCAACAGGCUGAACCAAAACCUGACUGCAGUGUAAAAUGAGCUUACUGUAAGAGCCUGUAAGAUCCAUUCAAACUUUCACAUUUCUAUUUUAGUCCUUUAAUAUUUUGCCUCUACAAUAAUUAUUAGUAAGUGAGCAAAUUGUUGCCUGAAAACACAAAUGAGACUGUAUUUUUAGCUGAUAGAUGUGCACAGUUGAAAAGUUCUGAAAUGAUAUUUAUGAACAGAUAUACUUGUCCCUUUACUGAUUAUUUGUUGCAUAAGUGGGCUUGUUUUGACAACAGUAAUGUUCUCUGUCAAGUGUCACUGUUGCACCAACACUCUUUUCUCCGCCUCUUUUUCACAGUCGAGAAUCCAACCCUCUGCCUCAUGAAAAGGCAAU